CAGAUACUAUACUAUCUCCAAAGGCUAUGCUUCUUCGCUCUCACAAUAACUAAAACACAAAACAAGAUAACAAUGUCGGAAACUGAGAGACCCCGCUGUUAUUAAACAGUAGCAUCAAUGGGUCUCUCUUCCCUCAGCCCCGCAAACUCCGCCUGUUUCACGACUUCUCUCAGCCGUCGUCUCAGCUUGAAGAACGUUUCAGCCGGACCUCUUAACUCUCCGAUGUUUGGUGCUAACGGAGGACGGAAGAGAUCCGGGUCUCGUCACGAGAGCAAGCACGUGGAGCCGUCGUCUCCGAAGGUGACGUGUAUCGGUCAGGUCAGGGUGAAGACUAGGAAGCACGUGAAGAAGACGGUGAGAGCGAGAUCUAGGAGGGAAGGAGGUCAGACGAGCCUGAGAAGAUCCUCAAGUGAUCAAAAAGACGGAGGAGGACGUCGUUUCGACGGGAGCGAGAACCGGUGGGUUCAUCUCCCGGUGACUAUCUGUGAGUUGUUGAGAGCUCUCAACUGCCUCUUCCCUUGUAGGUCCUCGUGUACGGAUGAUGAUACUCACCGCGUCAGAGAUCGAAGCGGCGGAAACUCUUGCGGUGCGGUGUUCACGCGGUGGUUUGUGGCGGUGGAGGAGACGGGAGGGAUAGAGCUUGUGGUUGGAGGAGGAGGGGACGACGCAGAGGAGGAUAGGAGGAGGAGACAUGUUUUCGAGAAUCUAGAUUUGAGCUUUAUAGAGACGAAGACGGUGAAGGAAGAGAUUGUUGGACCGCCGAAGAACGCCUUACUGUUGAUGCGGUGUAGAUCUGAUCCGGUUAAGGUGGCCGCGUUAGCUAACCGGGUUCGGGAAAGGCAAAUGUCACUAAACGACGUCGCUUAUUCUAGUAGAGAAGAAGAGGAAGAUAAUAAGCGGAUCGAGUUAUGCGAGAAAUGGAUUUCCGACAAGACUAUUGCAGAGACAGAAGUUAUAGUUCCUGUUUCAGAAGAAGAAGCUUCGAAAAUUCAGGACGUAGAUUCGUAUGAGGAAGAAACUGAAGCCAUGAUCAUUAAAACCAUCGAAGACGAUAUCAGAAAGAACAUAGAAGAAGAGGAAUGCAAAGAGGUUAACUCUGUAACUCUAAAGGUGGCAAGAUCCGAUCAAGGAAUAGUACCCGACCCGGGUCCGGAAGUGGUGAUGAAAGGAAGUCAGUUAGAGGAAGCAACUGAUAAAGAGAAAACGACGCCGUAUAAGGUGUUACCGGAUUGUCUACUGCUGAUGAUGUGUGAGCCAAAGUUAUCAAUGGAAGUCUCAAAGGAGACUUGGGUGUGCAGUACAGACUUCGUCAGAUGUCAACCGGGAAGACCUCCGGCGAAGAAGAUAAAAGAACCUGCCGGAGAUCAUCAACUCAAUAAACGAAUUGUUACCGCCGUUGGUUCCAACGUAUCUUCUCGCCGGCGUUCAGUUGAUAAACCUCCGGUUCACCAAGCGCUGUUGCAGCCGCCGCGAUCAUCGUGCUCAUAUCCAGCAGCUCCGCCGCUAAUGCAGGCGGUUGCGGCGGUUGGAGAGCAGAAGAUUGUCGGAGCUAAGCCACCAGUGCUGCCACGUUGCAAUUGGAGCCGCAUUCUCCAGCUACCGUCGGAGUUGGCCCCGCCGGCGUAGGGUUCUAGACUUGAGAGGGAAUAAAAGAAACAAUUUGGGUAUAAUGAUAAUUUCAAAAUACUUUUUGUCCUUGUUUGUAAAUUAGUUUUGUUAGUCGUAAUUAAUUUAAUUUCUUCUAUGCUAA